CGUCCAGAAAAGGAGCACUGCUAAAGGCGCUUUGUAUUAUCGAUCUUCAACAGCAACAAGGUGUAGUAAGUCUUUGAAUCCAUGGCAAUUGGAAUGGAGUUGAAGGAAGAGGAAAGGACUGGAGGAGGAGUAGCGUUGAACUUUCCGGUGGAUGAUGAAGAAACACCAUCGUCUUCCGUGCAGAAGGUUCCUCCACGGAGGCUCAGACGGCGGCUGCUAGAGUUAAAGACCCCAACAUCCGCCGAGGAGAUUGAAGCUAAGCUUAGAGAGGCCGAUCUCCGUCGUCAGCAAUUCUAUGAGUUGCUUUCAAGCAGAGCUCGGAAGAUGCAAAAUCCAAAAGCUCCAUGUCAAGAGGGGGAACAACUCUCAAGAAUGUUAGCAAGGUGCUGGAGACGCUUUGUCAGAUUAAAGAAAACUACUUUUGCUUUGGCAAAAGCUUAUGAAGCAUUGGGAAUUAGUGAGAAGGAUGUUAAAUUAAUGCCAUUUGAGCAACUUGUUCUAAAAUUGGAGUCAGCUUCAACCAUUCAAACAGUGAAAGCUCUAGUUGACCGUUUAGAAAUUCGCAUACGACUCUCACAGACAGUCGCUGGUGGUCUAUCUAGCCUGGAAAACAUUGAUCACCUUCUUAAGCAACUUGCUACCCAAAAUAGAAGGGGGAAUACCAGUAAUACUAAAAAGAGGAAAGGCUCAAAAACUGAAGCAUCUAGUAAAAAGGCAGUUCCAAGCACUAUAAGACCACCAAGGUAUCCAGUUAGAGUUCUUCUCUGUGCUUACAUGAUAGUAGGGCACCCAGAUGCAGUUCUUAGUAGCAAAGGUGAAAGUGAGACUGCUUUAGUGGAAGUUGCUGCUAACUUUGUUCAAGAGUUUGAAUUAAUAAUCAAGAUGAUUAUAGAUGGUCCCAAGCAAAUUUCUGAAAAGAAAACUGUUUCUGCAACUCCAACACAGAAAACUUUCAGAUCUCAGCUGGAAGCUUUUGAUAAAGCAUGGUGCACAUACCUACAUCAUUUUGUAAUGUGGAAAGUUAAGGAUGCUAAGUUGUUAGAGGAAGAUUUGGUGAGAGCUGCUCGCGAUCUUGAGCUUUCAAUGAUGCACAAGCUGAGUCCAGGAAAAGAUGAUGGUGUUCUUAUGCAUGAUAGGGAGGCUAUUCAAAAGCAGGUUAUAGAAAAUGAGAAAAUCUUGAGGGAGAAGCUACAGCAUCUGAGUGGUAAUCCUGAACUUCAACACAUGGAGUUUGCUCUCUCUGACAUUAGAUCUAAAUCUGUUGAGGAGUGUGAAAGUUCAAUAGCAUCUCCAAUUUCACCUAUAUCAUUUUUGCAUCCACCCAGUUCAUCAGAAGAUGCUUCUGUUUCUCUCUCCAAUGGGAUAAUAUUUCAGGAUGAAGAUUGUGAAAGCUCAAGUUAUGAUUCUUCAUUAGACAAGAAAGCUAGUCAUAUGCACUCCAGAAGUUCUGCAGAUUGUCUUUUCUCUGAUGCAAUGUUUGUCAGCGAGAAUGAAAUACUUGUAAAUGAAAUUCUCCACACACGUCACAGCGGUUUUGCCAAUAGCUUUAACCCCAGCAAUGAUGAUGAGAAUAGUUUUAAGGGAAAAGUGAGAGAGACAAUGGAAAAGGCUUUCUGGGAUGCUGUGAUGGACUCAAUGAAGCAGGACAAACCUGAUUUCAGCUGGAUUAUUAAACUAAUAAAAGAAGUCAGGGAUAAACUGUGUGAAAUGUCACCUCAGAGUUGGAGACAAGAGAUUGUUGAUACCAUUGAUAUUGAAAUUCUUACCCAGGUGUUAAGAUCUGGUGCUUUGAAUGUGGAUUAUCUUGGGAAGGUCCUAGACUUUGCACUGGUUACUUUGCGCAAACUUUCUUCUCCAGCUAAAGACAUUGAGAUACAGAUCACUCACCAGAACUUAUUGAAAGAGUUGCAAGAGAUAUCUCAAUCUGGAGAUAAAUUAGAUUCCACAUCCGCCCUUCUAAUGGUUAAGGGUCUCCGCUUUGUAUUAGAGCAGAUUCAGACUCUCAAAAAGGAGGUUAGCUUAGCUCGUAUCAAAAUGACGGAACCACUCCUUAAGGGGCCUGCAGGAGUAGACUACCUGAAGAAGGCUUUUGCUAAACGGUAUGGGCCUCCAGGUGAUGCCCCUACAUGUUUACCCUUGACAAGGCAAUGGCUUUCAACUGUGCGUGUGAAUGCAGAGCAGGAGUGGGAGGAACACAUUAAUUUCCUGUCUGCCAUGGAGAACAGCAACAGAAGAUUUUCUCGGGGACUGACACCAGCCACUCUUCGGAGUGGAGGCAACAUGCCAAUGACAUCAAAAAUAAAUGUUCCAGCUUAUACUGCAGCAGGUAAUGCACAGCCAGAGUGCAGGAGAGAAAAGAUUGAUUUGUGCAUUAGACUUGGUUUGUUAAAGUUGGUCAGUGAGAUAAGAGGAUUGACCCUGGAGACUCUGCCUGAAACUCUUAAGCUUAAUCUUUCAAGGCUGAGGACUGUUCAAUCUCAACUCCAGAAGAUUGUUGUCAUUUCUACCAGUGUGUUGGUAUUCCAGCAAACCCUUCUUGGUGAUGAUUUGGUAAACAGUUCCUCUGACAUGGAAGACAUCAUAUCCAAACGUGUAAAACGGCUUGUGCAUCUACUAGACAGUGUUGAAGAUGCAGGUGUAUCAGAAAUCAUAGAUACAAUCACUGACUUCUCAGAAGAUGGUGACUGUGUGCUGGCCCUUGACAAGGUCAGAGCAAGGAAGCAGGUGAUGGAAAACAUGUUGAGGAAAAGCUUGCAAGCUGGUGAUGCAGUAUAUAAUCUGAUAUCCAGGGCUGUUUAUCUGGCUGCAAGGGGAGCUGUACUUGGAGGAAGUGGGGAUAAAGGAAGGCAAUUGGUCGAGACAGCUCUCAAGCGUGUGGGAGCAGCUCUUCUUUCAGAUAAGGUAUUGGAGGCUGCAGAAAUUCUUAUUGUGGUAGCAAUGGUCUCAUGCCGUGUCCACGGUGCUUGGUAUGAAGAAGUGCUCAAGAGUCAGUAAUUUAUUCAUAGACUUGAAAUGUGACUCCUGUAUAUUGAAUUCACAAACACACAUGAUUUCCAUGGAGAAGAAAUUGGUGCAGGCAGCACAUUGGCUAUUUGAGGCAACCCUUCAUCCACAUAAAGCUAUUGAUGCUACAGAAGGUUUCAUCAACCGUGAGAAACCGGCAAGUUGCAUUUGUAAUUUACUAUAUGUGGGGCAUUUGUAAUUUACUAUAUGUGGGAAAAAUCUCCAAUCUGUAUUAUUUACAGUGCUUAAAAAGGGACUGGAAAUGAAAUUUGUAAAUACAA